AUGGCUGCUCCCCGUUCGACUUCUCUCAAGGCCCUCAGGUCGCUGUCCCAGCAACCUCGCCGCUCUCUUCACAUCACCGGCGCCUACUCGGCCCAGGUCGCUACCGGACCAGACGCCAGCACUCUCUACCACUCCAGAACCCUGGCAGACCUCAGAGCAGAGUGCCAGAAGAGGAAUCUCGGUGCAUCUGGAAGUAAAUCAGAGCUUGUUGACCGCCUCUCAAACCACGAUGUUCUCCAGUCUCGUGCAUUCAGCAUUGCAAUGAGGCGUAUUGAUCGUCACGCCUUUGGCCAGCAGCAGUCUUCUUCGUCCAGACCCUUCAACACAUCUCGGGCCAACAGGUCGCCCCAGGACUCUUCCCCCGUCGACCUCGCCUAUAUGCCGACCUUCAUGGAGUCUGCUUCCGCCAGCCAGUCGAUGCCUCGUAUCCCCACCCCUCCAGACUCCUUCACUCACUACGAGAUGGCCCCAGCCAGCGCUAGUGUGAUGAAGCCUCAGAUCUACACCGUCAGCAACGACAUGGGCUCCAACGGACCCAGCCCAAUGAGUGAAGUUGUAGAUAACCAUGCAUUGGACUUCAACCCUUUCAACCUCACGGAGGCCGUUAGCAGGUCCCGAGAUGGGGCCAGAGCUAGUGAUUCCAGUCAAGAGACUGUUGGCGGCGCCGUCCGAGACCUAUGGAGGGGCAUGCUAGAAGACAUCAAGGGGACGAGUCAGAGUAGUAUAUCCCAAUAA